AUGAAUAUGCUGCAUUCCGUGUCGUUCCAACCGCACCAGAAGCCUGAACUGGGCGUGGACCCUCUGUCUAUCACAUCAGGCAACAUUCAGUCGACAGUCCGCACAAUGCGGGAUGGUCUCGAGAAUGAGCAACCGCUUACUUCCUGGAGCACGCAAGUCGAAGUCGCAUCUAAACCAUCACUUCAUCAGCUCUCUCUUCCCACAACACUGUUGUGUGACGUCCCCGACCACGCUUUCGACCGAGAACCACAACCCCAGUCACAAACCCAGUUCCUCGGUCGACGUCACGUUCCUAGGCCUGCACGCUCAUUCAGAUACACCAAGAAUGACAAGUAUCAGACCUAUCGAAAACGCCCACGACAAGAUCUUGGUGGUGAUGGCAAACCGGUCUGGCCUCUCUUCAUCGAAGAUGCCUUCCAAGAAGCGCUCCAAUGUAUACAACCCAUGGGCCGUAAGAAGUGGGCCAGAGGAGGGAAAUUAAAUGGCCGUAACAUGCUCAUUUCCGAAUUCAUAUAUCACAGGACAGGACAGCGACGCACAAGGAAGCAAGUUUCGAGCCAUAUUCAGGUGCUUGACAAAUUCCUGCGAAAUGAGCCGGAAUGGGUACGUCUUACUAAAGUACCUGACGACGUGAAAGGUGGCUCUCAAACUCAAUCAAAAGGCCCAUACUUUCGACAAAGGCCUCUGGAUGACAUUGGGAAACUCCCGCAGCGACCGAUAGGCGGCUUCGAGCAAUCCUAUUACCACCCUACAGAGUGCAGGGAAGAAGAUGCCUGGGAUGGCAAAGAUGAUACUUUCUUUGAUAGCUCUGUUCACACAUUCAUCCUGGCAAGCUACAUUGUGCAGCACAUGCAGUUCGAAGUCCGUGUUAUCCCUCCAGCAUCUUCCAAUCAUCCGGAGCCUGAUUCAACACGUGUGUUGCAUCAUUAUACGCAACUGUCCUCCCGCAAGUCGAGACCCAGAGACUUGCCCCUCGAUAGUCUCAACAACUGGCGCCGUUCUUUCCCUCGUUUGAACACCAUCAUGGACGAACUCUGCACGAGUAAUCCGUGUGAGAUCAUUCUACUCAAUUCGUCGUUUCACCUCCUGGAUGGUUUUCCACCUGAACAUUCGAAAUUGGGAAUAAGCCUGGAAGUCGAUUUUCAGUGUCAGGAUUGGCCUGAGAUGGAGCACAGCAGAGAAUCUAAGCGUUGGACUGUUGCCACCCAUAUCUAUCAAGACGGCCAGCUCGUUGCCUCGCCCACCCACGAGGAAUGCCGAGCCACGAUAGAUGGGUUAGUCGAGCCUUCUUUUCACAGCACGUGGUGGGCAUCGGCUCUCACAGAUCUCACGGCUGAGAGGCUGAUGGCAAAGGACUCGAGCGAGUCCGGUGCUCUUCAAGCUGCAGACGAACAUUCGCGUGGAUUCUUUGCAGGUCUGACGAUCAUGCAGGAGAUCCUCGCGCUACGAUAUACCGUAGGCGAAAACCUCAACGCAAAGAGUGAACAGCCCCGAAGAGCGGCAAUACUUUUGUGGAAGUUCGCCCAGGCAAGGUCUAGUUCAGAACGGACCACAACCUGGCAACCACUGACACUGCCCGAGCCUAUCGAUAGGUCCUUCAAGAAUAGCCCUCUUAUGCCUAUGCCGAGCAUGGAGUUACCAUCUUUACCAAUCAAUACGAUCGAGUACGCAAUGGGAUCCGUCGCUCAAGAACCUCGUCACACCUUCAAUGGUUUUGACGAAUUCCCUAUGAUGGCGGGUGAAGAUGUGUGUCAACGUGGCAGUUUCAAUCCAUUCGAUCCAGAACUUUCGAGCGCAGACCACCUACACUCCGUAUUGAGUGUUUCAACUGCACCGGAGUUGAACAUUGAAAACAACAACGGUAACAACCUACAAUACUACGGUUUCUCCCCUCCUCACUUUCCUCCUGCGACAGAGGGCCCAGUGCCCCAGGCUGGAAAUAUGUUUGAUCUUCCACACCUCCCCGAGCAAGACGAAACCAUGCAUACCUUGACAGACGCACACGAAGACGUGGUGCAGACUACCAAUUGCAGUCCUGGUCUGGUCCUGCAGACGCACCAGGCGUUGCAGGAACACAUCGGCAUGCCGGCUGAGGGUUUGAAGAUUGUGAUACCAUCGUCCAAGACCACCUUCGCGGAAUCAGAGCAACAUUCACGUACAACAGACAUCCAACCAUGGGAUAAGGUGCCCGAGGAAGAGAUGCACGUUUUGCGUUUUCUGGCGGAUAGCCACCAGGAGCAGACACGCAAGAGGAAGAGGAGUGACGGGGACAAACCAUGGUCACCGAGCCAAGAUGAACAAGCGACGCAACGUCUUCGUCGUCGUCAUCAUCAGCGGCAUAAUCAUCUCCAUCAGGCUCAUCAGCAUUUUUCUGCGGAAACUCCGGGCGUUCAUCCUCAUUGGGGCUCUCAUCUGGCUCGUCCGGCCAUGCAGACUCACCACAGCUUUGACACGUUACCUCGACAAGGCUCUUUUGCCGACUCUGGUCUAUUGGACCACACCUUCCAUGAUGUUUACGACUUCAACUCGGCAGUGGAUGGGUUUGGUGGUGGUAGUGCUGAAUCACCUUCUCAACAACAUGAUCAUCAGUCAUUCCAACCGCAUUUCACACAAAGUCAACAAAAUGGCAUGGAUGUCGGGAGUCGAGGAUUGCCUCGGGCGCACAGCGAGUCAGACAUCUACACGCUCGUAGGGGGUGCGGAAAACAACACCAAAGGCAUUCCCCCUCUCCCUUCUUUGCCCAGUGACAUUAAUGACGCGUUGCCUGUGUUGAACGUGGUGGAGGUUGAUGACGAUGUUGAUGCUGAUGCCGACGACGAUAACGACGACGAUAACCACGUCAAGGUAUUGACCCCGCCGUCGCAAGAGACACGGGAAGUGAAAGCGGUGCAUUCUACGGUCGAUAUGGACGCUGCGAGCCUGGGUGAUGAGCGCGGUGGUUACGUUGAACAGUCCGAGCUCGACGUGUAA